AUGAUUGUUCCUCUCUCUCUUUUUAUCUUCGCUCUGCUGCAGUUGAUUUGCGCAGCUGUGGUCGCCGUCUCCGCCGUAGUAAUCACUGGAUCGGUUAAAUACGUCUCCUUGGAGGACCAACUUCUGGAAGAGGGUACUAUCAGUGGUUCAGGACGCAGGACUUGCAGGCUGUACUGUCGGGUUGGCAUUGGUUUCCAUCUCCAGAUCCACACUGACGGAAGAGUGAACGGCAGUCAUGAACCUAAUCAGUUGAGUGUCCUGGAGCUCUUUGCGGUUUCUCAGGGGGUCAUUGGUAUCCGAGGAGUCUACAGCAACAGAUUUUUAGCCAUGAACAAGAGAGGAAGGCUACAUGCUAUCGAGCGAUUCACGGACGACUGUAGGUUCUGGGAGCGUUUCCAGGAGAGCAGUUACAACACUUACGCCUCAGUGUUGCACCGGAACCACCGGACGGGACGGGACUGGUACGUGGCCCUGAACAAGAGAGGAAAAUCCAAGAUGGGCUCCAGCCCCAGGGUCAAAUCCCAGCACGUUUCCACGCACUUCCUCCCCAGGCUCCAUGUGCACAACCUGCAGAGAGUUCGUGGUUUCACCAUCACCGACAGGAGCAAAGAGAGGAGGAAAAACCAGCCGCCACUGAUCAAACCGCCCUCGCAACCAUACAGGGAUGUUAAUUCAGAGACAGGGAAGAGGGUGCAGACUGUCAAGUACUGGCCCAAGUUUCGGUUUGGAUAGACUAUGAAGUGAUGAGGGAGGAAGUAAUACAAACUGUAUGUGCGUUAUAUGGAUUGACAGGAUGGAUUACUGGCCAACAUAAACAUGGACAUGACACCUGUUGCCCUCAACAACAACAACAACAACAACAACAACAACAACAACAAAAAUCGCUGAACUUUUACUUUGCGUUAUUUCAAAGCAUUCCAGAUGACAUAAAAUAGUGAUUUAAAAACCAAAGGGGCUGUAACAUGCAGUCAUUAAGCUUUGUGAUUGUACAGCUAUGAUGGUUACAACUGCUUCCCGAAGGUGGUCGCCUUCAGGCCAAUUAAAAACACAACGUGCGUAAACUACUUCAUAUAUAGUUAGAAACACAACAUGCGAUAACUAGUUCAUAUAUAGUUAGAAACACAACAUGUGAUAACUAGUUCAUAUAUAGUUAGAAACACAA